CGUCCUAAACGUGUUGAGGUCCAUGCGGAAUGUAACGCACGCCAUGGCGACGACAGAAGUGAACAUCUUUGACACAUCGCACGCGGUUGAUAAAAUCAUUUCACCCAUCUUAUAUUUCUUCGGGUUCCCGGGUAAUAUCAUAUCCAUCAUACUUUGGAUGCAACCGCGCAUGCGCCAUUCAUCCGGAACAUACUUGACGGCGCUUGGAUUUACCGAUCUUCUGUUCCUCGUGAUACACGUUCUGUUUGAACUUCACAAGAUUUGGGGAGUCUACACAUUUGAUGUUCCGGUCUUGUGCGAAGGUUUGCCCGUCCUUUUUAUGGCGACGCAAUAUCUUUCACCAUUGCUCGUGCUCGGCUUUACAGUUGAACGAUUUAUUUGCGUUCGAUGGCCCAGUCAAAGGGACCGAUUGUGCACGUCAUCUCGUGCAAAGAUCGUCAGCUUAUGUCUUGCGGGAUUCGCCCUCCUACUGGCAUCGAUGCAGGCCUAUUUCUACAAGUUCAACAAAGUGAAUCAGACUUGCGAAAUGCGGAAAUCGAUACAGACUGGGGGUCACGCCUCCCUAUGGUCGAUAUGGACCUGGAUCACUGAGAUGCUCGUGUUCCUCUGCGUGCCCGUACUGAUACUCGUGUGCAACAUCCUAAUAAUACGCCUCGUACGUCGGUACACUGAAUUCGAGUCAAGUUGCAAGGAACGCGCGUUGACAACAACGUUCUCUUUACUGCUGGUGUCGUUUUACUUCAUCAUCACGACGCUCCCUGUGUCCAUCGUGUACGCUAUGCGCUACACAUUUGUGCCAUUAGAUGGCGAUGCUUUUACUGACCACAAAGCGUUAGCGCGGUACUUACUGGCCAAAUCCAUUAUAGAAGAGAUCGGCAUGACACACUACGCGUGCAAGUUCUACCUGUUUCUCGUCGCGGAGCGUCCGUUCAGGGAAGAGCUAAUGCGCCUCUGCAUGAGAAUUAAGGUUAGUGCGCUAUCCUCACAGAACGGAUACCGUUUUCAGACGAGUGACAACACCGCACACACGGACUGGAUUGAGGUGUCACAGGUUGAGGCAUCGAAACCCGAGGAAACAAACAUGUGACCACGAGCUUACCGUAGUACUGGUGUCCCAAAUAUAGGCGACAGGCGUUUUCGGACGUAACUGAUAGUGGCUAGUUACCUCAUCCCCCAAACAAACGGACGCAUAGGCCAAACACUUUAUGGGCAAUUGGACUUAUAUUUUGUCCAUUUUGUAUUGUUCAUGUAAAUUUAUUAGAAAACGCAUUAUAGAUAUUAACUAGACAAUAGCUAUGCAAGCUACAGUCUGAUCACGCGCAUCGUCAAACAAUCCUGUGAAGUGCAUUAUAUGCCGUGAUCGUUUCAUAUGGGUGAAAAUGCACUAGUUCAAUGGCGAGUUUAAUAGCGAUAAAUAUGAGGUUUUGCAACUUUUGAAAAUGCAGUGAACAAAAUGUUAACCGUUACAAAAGUAACCAAUACGGUUUAAGAUAGAAAAGCCGAGAGAAAUUACAUGGAUCCUCAGUUUAAUGUAUAUGUCAUUUAAUCAUUGUAUACAGCUUAUGAAACCUUAUUUUGAGUUAAGUUUAAUUUUUAUGAAACUUAAAUUAAUGAAUGGAAAAUAAAGAAAAAACAGUUCAGCAAAUUUAUGUAACCAUGAUAACGCAUGAUUGUAAUUAAUUCAACGUGUUAUUUAUUUAAAAUUAAUUCGAAAGAUGCCUUUAAUAUUAUGUAUUUCUUAAUUUCAUUCAUUAUAUGAAUUGUUAGCCUAAGGAUUUCAUUUAACGCUCUUAUAAUAUGAUUGUGUAAAAAUAUGCAUUAUCCAACAUUAAAAC